CAGAUUUUUGUUAAUGUCAGAUUAUGUAUGAAUGGUGUUAUACGAAUAGCAGAAAACUUGCAAAAUUAAAUUGAUACAUGCAAUCGUUUGUUCGGUUUUCCCUAGUAGGGCUAGAAUUUCUAUAUUAAUAUUUGCUGUGUUAUUACAAUCCCUAGAAUUAUAAGCGACAAUGGUUAUUGGAGCGUUUCCUAUUGCCAAAUUGUCUGUGUUACUAAUCAAGCAGAUCAGCAAACCCAUCGCUAAUGCAUGUAAAGAACGAGCCAAAAAUAGUCCCUUUUUCAGGACGUAUGUUUGUAUGCCUCCUGCCCAAUUCUACAAUUGGUGCGAGGUGAAAGCUAAGAUGUGGGUCCUAAAUUUGGGUAAACCUGUAAACAUACCUGUGCUGAGCCAGGAAAUGGCCAUUGAGCUGGGUGCCAAUCUGCUGGGUGAAUCAGUCAUUUUUAUUAUUGGUGCUGCCCUGAUUACUGUGGAAUAUAGCAGGCAAAGCAAAAAAGAGGCAGCUAAAGAACAAGCUCGUAUAGAUGAGCUGAAACACAUAACCAAUACUAUUACAGACUUGUACUUUGCAGUCCAGCAACAAGAAACACAGAUCAGGGAAAUGGAGCGCCUCAUUCAUUCAGUCAGUGGUAAAAAGAUACAAGCCCCUCCUCCAGAUGUCAGGGACAUAACCAAAUCACUGAAGGAACUUGAAGAAUUGACUACUGCUAAGAGUUCCCCUCCACAACCCCCAGCUGGACAAACAUCCCCAAAAGGCCAGCAGCCCCCCACCACCCAACAGCCUCCAGCACAGCAAAGGCCACAAGAUGGCUCUAAAAUGAUGACAGCUGAGGCUCAACUUAUUUCCACACCAUACCCUGACAAAGGACUAAUACUUCAAUCAUUGAAUUACAUCCAAAUGGAUGUUUUUAGUUCAAUAUUUCCUCAUAGCCAAAGGGUAGAGGACAAUAAACAACAAGAAAAGAAAAUACAGUCUCAGAAACGUGAUAGUGCUGUACUUUCAGAGGCUCUCUACAACAUUGAACAUAACUUUAAGAGCUUGUUUUAAAGUGUAUGCAAAUUUGUAAAAUUUAGGGAAAGUUAGUUUGUUAUGGUUAUGAUAUAACACAUUCUAUUGUAUAAAGUUUUUUUUUGUAUAUUGGCAGUAUUUAUUUUGCUGCGCUUUUCUUUGAAGUUAGUGAAGCUUAAAAUUUAUAAAUGACAAUGUUUAUAAAUUGCUUUUAAUCUUUACUGCCAACCAGUUUGCAUUUGUGUUCGAAACUUUUUACUCUAGAAGGGUUGACACAAGAUACUGGGAGUUAUCAGGUACUUGAUGAUGUAUACAUUUUGGUUUGAAAUGUUUUAUGGCUAUAGUAUUUGAGUGUAAAAAGCUAGUGUAUAUUAUACACAUUCAAGCUAUAAAUUAAAAUAAUGUUGCUAAGCAGACAUUUAAUAGGCAAAAUAAUAAGAUUAGUGCAUGCUUAAUACUUACUGAGUAGUGUAGUGAUUCAAUGUUUGUUACCACACUAGGUCUAUGCAAGUCUACAAAGUAUGACUUGUAAACUCAAAUGUAUAAAUACUAAUUUAUUAGGCAACAAUGUAAAUAAAUUGUAUCCAAUAAUAUUAUCUUUCUUUUUUUGAGGUACUGACAUCAUAACUCAUUAGACAUACAAGAACUAUAGUCAACUAUGAUUCAACAAAUGUGUAAUGUUGUAUGAUUCAAUUUGCUGUAAAGGUGUGAAAAAAGGGUAAUUAUACAACUAUUAUAUUAGACCAGUAACCAAUAACAAGAUAACACUAGGUUAGUUAGUACAGAGUUUUUAGCUAGAACACAUGUUUAAAAGUAUUUUGCAGCUAUGUGUGACUAAAGAAUAAUUUAGGGCAUUCAAUAUUUACAUCUGAUGUCUCCCAUGUUGCCUACUGUAAAGAUACAAUAAAUAACACAAUCACAUA